UGGGCUGGGUUGCGGCGCGCUGAGCGGGACGCGGGGCUGUACCAUGGCCGGCGCGCGGGCCGCCGCCGCCGCCGCCUCGGCAGGACACUCGGGCUCUUCGAGCACCCCGCCGCCGCAGGAGCCGGGGCUCGCGGAGCUGCUGGAGGAGUUCUCGCGGACUCAGUACCGAGCCAAGGACGGCAGCGGGACGAGCGGCUCGAGGGUGGAGCGCAUUGAGAAGCGAUGUCUGGAGCUGUUUGGCCGAGACUACUGUUUCAGUGUGAUCCCAAACGUGAAUGGGGACAUCUGUGGCCACUACCCCCGGCACAUCGUGUUCCUCGAGUAUGAGAGCUCUGAGAAGGAGAAAGACACGUUCGAGAGCACCGUGCAGGUGAGCAAGUUGCAAGACCUCAUCAACCGCAGCAAGAUGGCCAGGUGCAGGGGACGGUUUGUCUGCCCGGUGAUCCUGUUCAAGGGCAAGCACAUCUGCAGGUCGGCCACGCUGGCUGGAUGGGGGGAGCUGUAUGGACGCUCUGGCUACAACUACUUUUUCUCAGGGGGUGCAGACGACGCCUGGGCAGAUGUGGAGGACGUCACAGAAGAGGACUGUGCUCUUCGGAGUGGCGACACACAUCUUUUUGAUAAGGUCAGGGGCUAUGACAUCAGGCUGCUUCGGUACCUGUCAGUCAAAUACAUCUGUGACCUGAUGGUGGAGAACAAGAAGGUGAAGUUUGGCAUGAAUGUGACCUCUUCUGAGAAGGUGGACAAAGCCCAGCGCUAUGCUGACUUCACCCUCCUCUCCGUCCCCUAUCCAGGCUGUGAAUUUUUCAAGGAGUACAAGGACCGGGAUUACAUGGCAGAAGGGCUGAUAUUUAACUGGAAGCAGGACUACGUCGAUGCCCCGCUGAGCAUCCCCGACUUCCUGACUCACUCUCUGAACAUUGACUGGAGCCAGUAUCAGAGCUGGGACCUGGUGCAACAGACGCAAAACUACCUGAGACUGCUGCUGUCCAUAGUCAGCAGGGAUGACGACAGCGGGCUGCUGGUCCACUGCAUCUCCGGCUGGGACCGCACCCCACUCUUCAUCUCCCUCCUGCGCCUCUCCCUGUGGGCUGAUGGGCUCAUCCACACAUCCCUGAAGCCCGCUGAGAUCCUCUACCUAACUGUGGCCUACGACUGGUUCCUCUUUGGGCACAUGUUGGUGGAUCGGCUCAGCAAGGGGGAGGAGAUUUUCUUCUUCUGCUUCAAUUUUUUGAAGCAUAUCACCUCUGAGGAGUUCUCUGCUCUGAAGACCCAGAGGAGGAAGAGUUUGCCGACCCGGGAGGCAGGCUUCACCGUGGAAGACAUCUGCUUGCUCAGACGCAGAGACCGCGGCAGCACCACCAGCCUUGGCAGUGACUUCUCCCUGGUCAUGGAGAGCUCCCCGGGAGCUGCUGGGAGCUUUACCUACGAGGCUGUGGAGCUGGUCCCAGCAGGAGCACCCACUCAGGCAGCUUGGAGGAAGAGUCACUCAUCCUCCCCACAGAGUGUGCUCUGGAACCGACCGCAGCCCACCGACGACCGCCUGCCCUCCCACCAGGGGCUGGUGGAGGCCAAGUCUUCCAGCUCCUCGUCCUCCAACCAUUCUGACAACUUUUUCAGAAUGGGUAGCAGUCCCCUGGAGGUCCCCAAACCCAGAUCAGUGGACCACCCCCUGCCCGGAUCCUCUCUCUCCACAGACUGCGGCAGCUGGCAGAUGGUAACGGGCUGUGGCAGUAUUCAGGAGCGGGCUGUCCUGCACACAGACUCCUGUCUGCCUCCCAGCUUCCCGGAUGAGCUCCCUCACAGUUGUCUGCUCGCAGCCCUGAGCAGCCGGGAGACUCGGCUGCAGGAGGUGCGCUGUGCCUUCUUGGCCGCAUACAGCAGCACGGUGGGUCUCCGGGCCGCAGCCCCCAGUCCGUCUGGUGCCAUCGGGGGCCUGCUGGAGCAGUUUGCUCGUGGGGUCGGUCUGCGGGGUGCCAGCAGCAGCGCCUUGUGAAACAGCCAGCCCAUGGUGGUUUCCUGCUCCUCUUAGCUGAGCCCUUCGUGGAAUCAAAGCCAUGCCUGGCCAAGGGGUUCCUCCGGGUCAGAGGGGGGGUCACUCCCCUAUUCUCCGUCACACACACAGCAGCCCCAAAGCUAAGCAGGGCCAAGGACAGGGUUUCCCUACCCCAGCUCCUGACUGUUGACUGCUGCCCUCGUCACUGCCUCACACCCACCCGUGACUCUGUCAGAGCCCCCCUCAACUCCCAAAACUAGGGUCUCCCUGGGGCCUUGCAGAGGACUCACCCACCAUUCUGGUUUCCUGGAAGGGAGGGGUCACUUGCACUGAAACGAGGCAGUUUGACACUGAUCACACAAUAAAAUCAAAGUCCUUUUGAACAGCUGCUCCUGCA